UUGACUCAUUGCCUGUUUAAAAAAUGUGUGUGUGAUACAUAUGUAUAUAUAUAUACACACACCUCCAUCCCAGAGAAAGAUUCUAACUGGUCUGCCUUGGGUCCUAUGCUCCUUCCAGGGUGACUUGACUGUUGCCUAAGGGCUGAGGCAUGAUAAUCAGCCAGAUGUAGGUCACAUGCGUCCUAGUCAGGGCGAUGGGUUCCUGUGAUCGUCAGCUCCACCACUAUGUAGUCACCAGAUGAAAGACUACUGGACACAAACCAAUGUCCACUGCAGUUAUCAGCUCCCCAGACUGGCCAUUUAACAACACAGUGGAAUGAGAGCCUGGAACACUGCAGGAAUGUGCUUUGAAGGGGAAAGAGAGGUAGUUUUGCUUCCCAUUUAUGCAGAGGAAGCUCUUCAGGGCCUCUCAACAGGGGGUUUAUUCUCUUCAGCAGGACUUGGGGUUCAGAGCUAGGCAAUUUAGGAGGAAGUGAUACUUCCCAAAACCCUGAUUUUUCUGCUCAGAGCAAACGGAAAGAGGGUGUAUUCACAAAGCCUGCCCAGAGUGGCCUGGAUACACGUAAAAAGCCUGUGUUCAGUUGGCGAUGGAGCACCUUUCCCCUUGGUUCCGGUUAUGAGCUGCUGUUAGAUGUCAGAAGCCCUUGUGUUACCAUGAAACCCUUCUAUGGAUUCUGCUCCCUUAAAUCGGUUUGCCUACCUUCUCCUCCCCUCUUCCCUCUCCUCGCCCUGGCCUUGCUUCUCGAAUCUACCCCACCCGCUCAGAAUCCCCACGGGGUCUCACACCUGCGACACAGCACAUAGCCUUGGGCCAUUUCCUCCCACUUGCUCACCUGUCCUUUCUUAGAGACAGCCCAACAAUGGGGUCUCCCGGAGGAGCCAUCCUCCUCCUCAAGGCAGAGACUUCAUGAUUUGGAGAGAUUGCAAGUAAUUAAAAAUGUCUUCCAUCCAUCACAAGAAGAACAGAGCUCCAUGGCUGUGGUUGCAGAAAAGCCUGGAGCCUUUGGAGGCAGAUGGCAGAUUGAUCCCAGCUGUUUUGAAUUUGGCUGUCCACCCGGGUCAUGGCCAUGGACUUGGAGUGGGGCUUAAGGACUGUCCUGCUGGUGACAGUGUCAGGAUCGUGUGUAGCUUCUCAGUCCUAGGGCUUUUCUUUUCCUUUUUUCUUUUUUUUAUGGCUGCACUGGGGCACAUGGAAGUUCCUGGGCCAGGGCUUGGAUCGCGGCUGCAGCUGGGGCCUAUGCUACAGCCACCGCAACAGACACAAUGUCAGGUCCUUAACCCGCUGAGCCACAGUGGGAGCUCCUCUGGGGAACUCCUCUUUUGAGAGCUGCAUGAAAGGUAAAAAUCACUUCCUUGACAUCUUUGCCCCUCAGUGGGCUUUUUGUCUUGUUUUUCCCGGCAGAGCAACAGGGGAGAAAAAAAGUGAAGGCAGUGACAUCUGGGCAAUACUGGAAGAAGCGAGGCAGAAAUCGGUCUUGUUUCCUCAGAUCUGAACCUCUCCAUCCUGGGUUCGGACUGCCUUCCAGAUAGUAAUUUGUUCAAUAUGCACAUUUUGUUGGGUGAGUAGAAAUGCACAUAAAGCUCUGGUAUUUAUUUAUAUCGCCUCUGACUCUCCUUGCCAGGAAUCUGGUGAGUAAUGUGUGAUGUUGAUGAGCAUGGGUCACUCCUGUUAACAACGGCUCAGGUGUCUUGAGUGAGGACUUACCCCAGGCCAGACAUCAGCUCCCAUGGUAGGGGCCUCCUUUCAUCUGCUACUCUCCCUUUGGGGAGUGUAUUUUUAUAUAUUAUCUCAUGUGGCGUUCAAUAUUAUCACCAUUCCGUUUUACAGAUGAACAGGAGCUCCCAUUGUGGCUCAGGCGGCUUAAGAACCGGAUACAGUGUCCACGAAGAUUUGGGUUCAAUCCCUGGCCUUGAUCAGUGGGUUAAGGAUCCGGCUUUGUCACAAGCUCCAGCAUAGGUCACAGAUGUGACUUGGAUCCAGUGUCGCUGUGGCUGCAGCUCUGACUUGAUCCCUAGCCUGGGACCUUCCCUAUGCUGCAGGUGUGGCCUUAGAAAGACAAACAGAUGAACCAACUGAGGCUCAGAGAGGGAAGGGUGCCCUGGACCCAGCAGCUUGCAAGUGACAGGGCCAGGAUUUGGCCCACGGUCCCGAUUCCUAGCUGGGUGCUGACAGGAAGUGGCAAGACUAUAGAGAUGAACAGGAGCUGCUUCUACUCUUGGGGAGUCACAGCCCAGUGCAGAGGAAAGGCCUGCGAUGGGUCAUUCAUUCAUUCAUGAAAUGCUUACUGUGUGCUGGGUUUGUGCCAGGGUUGGGGGAUAUCUGAAGGCUUAAGACUCGGUACUUUCUGUUUAGGCCCUUGCCUUUAAAUAGCUUUAAAAUGUAAUAUACAGAAGUCCCCGGGGAUACCUUCAAAGCACCCUCCGCCCCCGCAGAUGCCAAAACCGCGGGUAGGACGGAACCCUGCGGUAAUCCCCCGCUUAUCUGCGAUUUCCUCUCCUGGUUUGUUAUCCAACAGACCCCAGAAAAAACCUCCACAUAACUUGGUUUUAAACCACAGUGUACGCGGCUAGAGUGGAGGAGAUAUUUGAUUACAGUCCAGUGCGAUGCGUAUACCCUCUCUUGAAUGCCGCGCGCGCCGCAGCGCGUGUGUAGAAGAGGCGAGGACGAGGUGGCCCUGAGCAGGGUCCCGGGGGCGCCUCCAGGCAUGGAAGGCUGUGGGGAGACGGUCCGGGGGAACAGGAGGCAUCCUGGCCUGACUGCCCCAGAAGCCGGAGCAGGCGGUCCCUGUCGCCGGGGCAGGGAGCUCAUCGCGGCUGUAAUUAGUCACACUGGGAGGAGCCGGGUGACCUCACGCUGGCCUGGACUCUGCGGCCAUUUAACCGGUUUCCUUUUGCCGGGGAGGCCGCGCUGCUUCUCAAGUCCGCGAGGUGGGUGGAGGGCUGCAUUCACGCAUGUAAGGAAGGGUGAGACGCCUGGGGUGGCUCCCCGGGUGCCCGGGACUGUGUGGGGGAUGGAGAAGUUGGGUGCGCCGCGAGUAAACAAGUUAGGGAGCAGCUGCGAGCAGCGGCCUCCCGGUACCCGCCCACCCGGACGGAGGGCGGGACGCGCCGGUCGCCCCACUGACUUUCUGGGACGCGGCGCACCUAGACAGGCGACACCGAUCGCGCUCUCGACCCCUGCGCCGCCAGCCUCUCCUGCAUCAGGCAUUUCUGCAGCUGAUACAGUCAACUCCAGCCUGAAAUAGAGGGCUCACAUCGCCUGAGAAGAUGCGCGCCCUGAUUCCAGAGCCCCAGCUUGGAGACCUCAUUGAGAUUUUCCGCCCUUUCUACAGACAUUGGGCCAUUUACGUUGGCGAUGGAUAUGUGGUCCACCUGGCUCCCCCAAGCGAAAUUGCGGGAGCUGGCGCGGCCAGCCUCAUGUCCGCGCUGACCGACAAGGCCCUGGUGAAGAAGGAACUGCUGUACGAGGUGGCGGGGCGAGACCGGUACCAGGUCAACAACAAGCAUGAUGGCAAGUACUCACCGCUGCCUCCCAGCAAAAUCGUCCAGCGGGCGGAGGAGCUGGUGGGCCAGGAGGUUCUCUACAAGCUGACCAGCGAGAACUGCGAGCACUUUGUCAACGAGCUGCGCUACGGGGUCGCCCGCAGCGACCAGGUCAGAGAUGCCAUCGUGGCAGCUGGCAUCGCAGGAGUGGGCCUGGCUGCUGUGAGCUUCAUUGGCGUCAUGCUCUCCAGAAACAAGCGGCAAAAGCAAUGAGUGGAAAGGGCUGUCCUGUCAGCCGAGACUUUAUACAUUAAGGGGGUCUCGUUUUGCUAGAGGGUUUGAGGUUUGGUUUGUAGCUUUCAUUCUGUUUUAUAAUGAGGUUUAUUUUCACCGAAUAAAAUAAAGUCCAAGAAGGGAGGAUUUUACUGGGAAAACUGCAGCAAGAACUGGCUGGAGUGAAGUCUGUUGCGGGUACAGCGAGGCUCUGUUCCCGGUGAUGACAGGUUGCGCUCUGGACCUUCGGAGAUUUUUCUCUCACCUUCUCUCUGUGGGCUGCGUUCUUUCCACGUAGCAAACAGAGUCUAACUCCGGUUAUCUCAAGUCAUGGGCAUGUCUGGUUGUGAGGAUACAGAUGGGCAGCAAGGCAGACAGACAGACCUGAUUGAUAUACAGGAACAGGAACCAUCAGACAUCCGGCACCCUUGACCUGGAACUAGACCCAGGCUGGCUUCCAGGACCCAGCGGCUGGAGCCUGUGGCUGUUCAGUGGAGUUCAGACCGAACCAAAACAUUAGGAAAUCCUGCCCAUCUUGUUCCAAAUUCCCUCCCUCUCCUCUCCACAGCUUUCCUCUUCCUUAUCGUUUCCGUCCCACAGCCAUCUCGCAUCCUCUCCAUGUGGGCUUGUCACCACCCCCAACUCUCUGAUCCCACACUGCUCUUGCGGUUUAUCUUCCCACGUGUGAUCAAGGCCAUAUUCGUCUGUGAGCUGCUCCCAGGGCACGCGACUGAGAGAGAACCUGAUUGGCUCAGCUCCCGGCACUUAGCUCAGCCUACCAGCUGAUUGGCUGCCACUGGGUCAGGUGGCCCCACUAAGCCAAUCAGCGGGGGCCAGGUCACAUGGUACAAGGUUGCCUCAGACUUUAUGGGGUAGGGAGGUGGUGUGGCUGGUCCUUGACUGGUCUCCCGGUUACCGAGCCCUCACGGGGAGGGGUUGGGGGAGAAGGCACAACCAUUUAUUGUUGGUCCUUUGGCAUCUGCUGCUGUUGCUCGCUGGGCUUGUCAGGUGUUCAGAAUGACCAUUUCUCUGAAAUGGGUUGCUCAGAAAUACUUUGCUGGGGCUAGUGGUUCUUCCCUCCACAGGACAAGUCUUCUCCUCCAUCUGGUUGCAAAUGUUUCCUUCUUUAGCUCUGGCUUUCUGGGCACCACCUAGCUGUUGGAAUUCUGGACAGGACGUACAGAUAGCUCCUUGCCAGCUCCUUCCUGCUUGGCUCACAUCUGGUCCAGGAUAGACAUAUGCGUAUUCAUGCUCUAGUGUUGAUAUAAGAAUAGUUGUCUCCCAGCGUGGUUUUCUUUCUUUUUGUCUCAGCUCUAUUGAGGUAACAUCUCAUGCUCCCCCAAACCCAAGGGACACAGGCAAAACUUAAAGGGCGGGUCCUCUUAAAGUCCCUUCUCUCAGGUGGCAUAAGGUGAUGUGGACACGUGGAGUAUAAAUCUCCAAACUAUCUGUGGAGAAAAAAGGAAGGAGGAAAAAUAAACACAAGAAAGCAAAACAAAAACACCCAGUUCAGCUGAAAAACAAACAUUAUGUACGAAAAAAAUGAGAUGUAUAGAAAUAAUCCAAUAAGAUCAAAGAACUAAUUCCAAAUAUUUUGGUUAUGAGUAUAAAUAUAAAUGGACUAAACUCACCAAGUAAAAGACAAACAUUACACUGGAUUAGAAAACUCAUCCAGGGAAGAGUGUUUGCAGCAGGUACAACUGAAGUAAAAAGACACAAAAACUGAAGUUAAAAAUAUGGAGGUGUGUCCGUCAUGGUUCAGCGGAAACGAAUCUCACUAGCAUCCUUGAGGAUGCAGGUUUGAUCCCUGGCCUUGCUCAGUGGGUGAAAAGAGCCAGCAUUGCCAGUGAGCUGUGGUGUAGGUCGCAGAUGUGGCUCAGAUCCCGUGUGGCUGUGGCUGUGGCCGGCAGCUACAGCUCCGAUUAGACCCCUAGCCUGGGAACUUCCAUAUGCCGUGGGCGCAGCCCUAAAAAGAAAAAAAAAAAAAAGGUUAAUGUCAUCAAGGAGAAAAAUUGAGGGCAUGGGUAAACUGUCCUAAACAUGGACUCUUCCAUGGGCCAGGGAUCGAACCCGCAACCUCAUAGUUCCUAGGCAGAUUCGCUUCUGCUGUGCCACGACGGGAACUCCAGGUGGUGAACAUAUUGAGGUACUGGGAGAGUGAGCAGCUGCCUAAAGGAGGCGUAGAAGCUCCUUGCAUCCCUCUGCCCCUGCGCCUUGCCCUGUGCAUCACUUCCAUUCAGUUGUUCCUGCGCUGUAUCUGUUAUAAUAAACCCGUAAACAUAA